AUGAGGGAGAUGCGGGGCUUCCUGCUGUGGAUGGCGGUUAUCCUGGCGCACAUGGUCCAAGUCCCCAUGCUUUGGUUCGUGUUCUGGCAGGGGGUAGAUAGCCCGUGGAGGCCCCUGAGCGACAUCCUCACCCUCGCUCUGCCGGGGCUCGCGUUCUUCAGGACGCUGUUCUUCGACCGCCGGACGAGAUGUCGGUUCAUCGCUGAUUGGUUCAGACUCAUGUCGGUGACGUACCUGAUGCGGUGCCUGUGCGUGACCCUCACCUCCCUUCCGGGGCCGGCUCCACACUGCGAGGCUCUGUCGGGGUACGAUCGCCCUCGGGGUUGGCACGACGUGGCCACAAGGCUCGGCCCUCUCAUGGGCGACUUUCGGACGUGCGGCGACCUGCUAUUCUCCGGGCACACGGCGUGGACGACAGUGUCGAUGUUGCUCCUGACGAAGAGCUUCCGGCGAGCGCCGAGGCUGGUGUACGCGCUCGUCAAGUCUACGGGGUUCCUCUACCUCCUCACCAUGGCCACGUGCACCAUCGCCGGCCGUAAGCACUACACCGUGGACGUGGCCCUCGCCGUCGUCAUCGCCGGUUUGACUUUCUUCAGGUUCCAGGCUUAGCAGAGGGAACGGAGAAGACUGGCUGUCGGUGAGCAGCGCCGAAGGAGGGGAAGGCCUGACGGGACCUUUGUUAGAUGGAGGAGAGGGUGCCAUCGUGGGGAGAGGAGCGGCGGUGACAGCGGCGGCGGCGGCGUCGACGGUCGAACGGGGCGCCGGCGCUCGCGCUGGUUCGGGCGGGGUUGCACCGGCGGAGGCGAGAAAAGCGGCGACUGCUUCCGCGAGCGGAGGGCUGUUUAUCGUAUAGCUCGGCAGACAGAAAAUACACAAGAGCAGCGUGUAGAACGCCGUUCUGGCGCAGAAAGCGGUAGCGGCGGUGUAUUGCUUAUGUCCUCCACGACAGAUGGAAAAGCGCAGUAUUGUAUCUUGUAACGGAAGGGCUUAGAUGUUGUGGUUCACAUUAGAAAGGCACGCUUGGAUUUGGUUGAUUCGAAUGAAGUGCCUUGCGUGAUGUGGAUGAAGUGGGGUUGGUUUCCACCGUUCGUUGUUGAUGAAAGUCGUUUUGAGGUGAAAAGGCCAUGUUCAGGUUCUGGCUUUUGCUUGUGGCAAAAAGAUUGCGAAACUUUAAGAGCCCAAACGAUUGAGAAGGUAAGCAGGCCAGGGUCGUCUUCGUUCACACGGCGGCGCCCCCGACCACCCCUCUUUGGUGAUCCAACGCCGUUGUUCGUUGCUGUUGCCGGUUCGGCGACUCCUACGCAGCCACCGGGUUUAUGGUACGAAGGGGUUGUAUUGCGUGGUGGAGAGGUGGCGUGAUGAUGUGGGUCUGCUUUUUGUGGGUAUGGGGUACUUGUAUGCCUUUUAACUCUGCUCUGCUGCUGGUACAGUGAAAUCCGUUUGUGUCCCUGAUGAGGAUCCCCUUGUCGAUUUGGAUUGAUAGUGAUCCGUGUGUGGUCGUUUUUGUCGCGUGACGUCACUUGUCUUGGUGUUUUUGU